GUUGCUCAAUUGGAAUUCUCCUUUUCUCCCCUCUCGUUCUCGAUAUCUUUUGCAACUCUUUCAAUUGCGGCUGGGUUUUAUCCAUCGUCGGCGAAGGAACCGCCGCCGCCAUCCUCCUCAAUCCUCUCUAUACAUCCGAAGUCUAUAUAGAGGUACAUGGUUGUUAACUCCUUGAUCUCUUCUUUGGUUCUGAUUACUUGCUAAUACUAUCCAUCAUCUUGGGUUUUCAAAUAACAACCGACUAUUUAGCUAGAAAAGGAGGAAGUGAUGAAUUAGUGUAGGAUCAAAUUACUCGUGGCCUACAGGAAUGCGGCUUGUUCUAUCUGUGGAGGAUGUGGUUUAAUGAUCAGUACUUAAUUCUAUUGUUCUCUGAUCACUGAGGCUAAAGCCUAAAACAAACACCAUGAGCUCAUUCACCAAUUCCUCCAAUUUUGACAAUCUCCUGCUCCAAACCCUAAUGGGACGCCUCCAAAUCCACCCUCCAAAUUCUACCAAUAACCCCUUCCUCUCUGAGUCUCUUGAGGACCUCCUCUUUGAUGCUGCCAACAGUUACUCUGAUGAUGAUAGCUCUGAUUCCAGAACCCAACUCGCAAAAGAAGAAUCCAAGCUUGAGAGGGAAAUCAUUAAACUCAUCUUGUCAGGUAAGGGUGAUUCAUUGAAACCCAACUCGGGUCAGGCAGUUACAAUUGGUGAACAUCACAUAUGUGUUGGGAUUCAUGAGGAAACGGGAUCAGAUUAUCGAGUGUGGGAGUGGCAUGGGCAUAUUAUGCUGUUUGAUGAAGAGAAUGGAUAUGCUCCCGAGUAUAUAUAUGGGAACUACUUUGAGAGGUUGCUGGGUAAGGUAUACAAGGAAGAAGAAGAGGAGAAGGAAGAGAAGAAAAUGGCAACUUUGGGGUUGAGAGAGUUGAUUGAUGGUGGGGAUUCUGGUGGUGCUCACAUUCUUCACAGGAAUAUCAAUGCAGGUUCUCCAAGAACUUGACAGGCUUGGUUGAGUAGUUGAAUGGAUUUGACAUUCAAAAGGAAACUUGAAUCAGUACGUCAAAUCCCAUUUAUUGUUCAAGAUUGAAGCUUUUUGGUUAUCGUCGGGCAGCAACUGCUGGUGCAGUUUCAUACUCCAUUUGCUGUUUGGCAUGGAUGUCAUAUUUGAAUUUCAUGUACAUGUUGCAAUUUAUGCUUGACAAAUUUCUUUAAUUUUGCUAGACAAUUUUACCCAAGUUCUUGUGAGCAGAAUAAAUAUAUAAUCAGAUACUUUCA